GGGAGCGGGGGGCAGCCCACCAGCCGGUGCGGCGCGCGGCGGGGCGGCGGCCGCCAUCUUGAGCUGCGAUUCGGGGCGAAGCGGAGCGGUUAUCUCGCCGGGGGCGGCGGUUGAGGCGGGCGCUUCCCGACUCCGCUUCAAUGGACAACAUGGCAAGUCCAGGGAAAGAUAAUUUCAGAAUGAAAAGCUACAAGAACAAUGCACUUAAUCCCCAAGAAAUGCGCAGACGAAGAGAGGAGGAAGGAAUCCAGCUUCGGAAACAAAAAAGGGAAGAACAGCUAUUUAAACGCCGAAACGUUUCUCUUCCGGGAAAUGAAGAAUCUAUGAUAGAAAGUCCAAUUCAGGAUCCUGAUGUCAGCUCCACUGUACCUAUUCCAGAGGAAGAAGUUAUUACAGUAGACAUGGUACAGAUGAUUUUCUCAGAUGAUCCUGAUCAGCAACUCACAGCAACCCAGAAAUUCAGGAAAUUGCUCUCUAAAGAACCUAAUCCACCUAUAGAUGAAGUCAUCCAAAAACCAGGAGUAGUGCAGAGAUUUGUGAAAUUUCUAGAAAGGAAUGAAAAUUACACUCUGCAAUUUGAAGCAGCUUGGGCCUUGACAAAUAUAGCAUCUGGAACUUUUCUGCACACCAAAGUAGUAAUUGAAACUGGAGCUGUUCCGAUUUUUAUUAAGUUGCUUAGCUCAGAACAUGAAGAUGUACAGGAGCAGGCAGUGUGGGCUCUUGGUAACAUUGCUGGUGAUAAUGCAGAAUGCAGAGAUUUUGUUUUAAACUGUGGAAUAUUACCACCCCUUUUGGAACUGUUAACAAAUUCAAAUCGUCUUACAACAACUAGAAAUGCAGUCUGGGCUCUCUCAAAUCUCUGUAGAGGAAAGAAUCCACCUCCAGACUUCAGUAAGGUUGCGCCUUGCUUAAAUGUUCUAUCAAGACUGUUGUUUAGCAGUGAUCCAGAUGUAUUAGCAGAUGCUUGCUGGGCCCUCUCUUACCUUUCAGAUGGACCCAAUGAUAAAAUUCAAGCUGUUAUUGAUUCUGGAGUAUGUCGAAGACUGGUAGAGUUGCUUAUGCAUAAUGAUUACAAGGUGGUAUCCCCUGCAUUAAGAGCAGUUGGAAAUAUUGUUACUGGCGACGAUAUUCAAACACAGGUGAUUCUAAACUGUUCUGCAUUGCCCUGUCUCUUGCACUUGCUGAGUAGUCCCAAGGAAUCUAUUCGAAAAGAAGCAUGCUGGACUGUUUCUAAUAUUACUGCAGGAAACAGAGCUCAGAUUCAGGCUGUUAUAGAUGCAAAUAUUUUUCCAAUAUUGAUUGAAAUUCUUCAGAAAGCUGAAUUUCGCACCCGAAAAGAAGCAGCAUGGGCCAUAACUAAUGCAACAUCGGGAGGAACCCCUGAACAGAUUAGGUAUUUGGUAGCGUUAGGUUGUACCAAGCCUCUUUGUGACCUCCUGACUGUGAUGGAUUCAAAAAUAGUACAAGUGGCUUUAAAUGGACUUGAAAAUAUUCUGCGUCUUGGAGAACAAGAGUCUAAGCAAAAUGGAAUGGGCAUCAAUCCUUACUGCGCUCUUAUAGAGGAAGCAUAUGGACUUGAUAAAAUUGAAUUUCUUCAGAGACAUGAAAACCAAGAGAUCUACCAAAAGGCUUUCGAACUCAUAGAACAUUACUUUGGUGUCGAAGAGGAGGAUUCCAGUAUUGCACCUCAGGUGGAUGAAAGUCAGCAGCAGUUUGUUUUUCAACAGCAGGAGGCUCCAAUGGAAGGGUUUCAGCUGUAAAAAAUUAAGUGAAGACAAGCAUAAAAUGUAAACACCUGGUUUU